AUGAGCAAAGUAUUGUUGAUACAAUUAUUUUUUAUUACGUGGCGUAGUUAUUAUGUUACAUUAAGUUGUAUUAAAUAUUGUACGGUAAUGGCAUCGAAAUCUGGUCGUAAGCCAAAUGUUGAUCGCAAUAAAUUGAUAGAAACCAUAAAUAAACAUAUUGACACAUUGAUAACAAAAGAGAAAAAAGUAAUUCACAAGGGACAUGAGAUUUGGCAACAAAUUGCUAAUGAACUUGACAAUAAAUUAUUACCCGAGUCAUUAUAUUCUAUUGUCACAAACAAUAAAUAUAAUGUUAGGAAAAAAUUACCGAAUCAAAGUCUUAACUCAACAGUAUCCAGUGUUGAAUCUGAAAAUUUAUCUGACUCAAUAGAAGAUGCCAAUAUCAAAACUGAUCAUAAUUUCACUUUUACUAUGAGUUUUGAUGAGUAUGACAGCAUGAUAUGUACCUCACAACGUAAACGAAGAAAAUUAAAUGGUUACUACACUUUUCCUAAGAAAGUGUUCAAACCAUAUUAUUGGGAAAAUAGUAUAACCAAUAAAAUUUGGAAAGCAACGCACAAAAAAUGUGGUUAUAAUUUUAUUGAUCAUUAUGUUGCCGAAAGCAAGAUGUCAGGAUCAUUUCAAGGUAAAUGUAAUUGUGGAAGUAAAAUAAAAUCUACCUUUCAAGUUGCUGGAGACGAAGUAACGUUUACGUGUGUAGCAACACCAGGAAGUGGAAAGUGCAAAAAAACUUAUCUACGAAAUGAGCACAGAAAAAAAGCUGCUGAAAAAAUGAAGUCUUUAACAACUGAUCAAUAUCAAUCCGAAAUCGCAGUUGAAAAAAAUAUGCUUCAACAUGAUCCACAACCUCCGCAUUUAUCAAAAGCAUCUGUUCUACGCACUGCAAAAGCUGAGUUGAUUCGAUCUGAGUACCACCAUAGCGAUCCAAUAGUAUCUUUAUCAAUAAUGAAAGAACACGUUUGGCCUGGAACAAUUCAUGAUUUGUCAUUCUCUCCGUUUUAUGUACAUUAUUGGACACAUCAUCAACGAGAUGUUUACAUAAAAUAUGCUGCUCAGGGAAAUAGUUGUAUAUUUAUUGAUGCAACUGGUGGAAUUUCUCCCAAGUUUACUAAGCUAGACAAGACAACCACUUCCAGCUUGUUUUUGUACCUUAUUGCCAUCAAUGUUUCAGGACAACAAUUUACUAUUGGCCAGAUGAUUUCUGAAAGACAGGACACGAACGCUAUUAUCAAUUUCUGGAAUGAUUGGCUUAAAUAUGGAUUUCCUCAACCAAAAGAAGUGGUUAUGGAUUCAAAUAAAGCACAGUUAAUUGCAACUAUAACAGUUUUUACUCCCUAUAAAACGAUUGGAUAA